AUGCAGGUCCCCUCCAGUGUAAACCUGAGUGACAUGUUCCUGUCCAUCAGAGUAGCCCAAGUGCAGAAUCCGAGCUGCGGUGGCACAGUCACGGCUGGACAAGCUUUCAAAAAGUUUCUACCUGACAGAGCAUUGGUUUAAAGGAGUGCUACCAAAACUGUGACCAAAGGUGGCAUUAUGCUUCCAGAAGAGUCUCAAGUAAAAGUAUUGCACACAACAGUAGUGACGUGCGAUCAGGCUCAGCCGGUCAGUGUGAAAGUCGGAGACAAUGUUCUUCUCCCAGAAUAUGGAGGCCCCAAAGUAGUUCUAGACCACAAGGAUUAUUUCUUAUCUAGAGAUGGUGACAUUCUUGGAAAAUAUAUGAACUGAAAUCAUUGUUGAAAUGGUGUCACAUUCCACAAGCAUUCUGAACUA